AGACGGAAAGGCCACAGAGAGGCUGAGCUGAGCUGACUGGCCUUUGUUGUGAAGGGGAAACAGACCGACAGAUGGACGUUUUAUAACGGUCAGACAGGCGGAGUGAAAGUAGUUUAGUGUGGUUUGCACCCUGCGCGUUUGUUUCCGUAGUAUUUUUAUUUAUUAAUUUAUUUUACCCGCAGAUUUACAGUAAGAUUAUCACCGCUACCAGUUGGUGAGCGGAGGAAGCACAGAGGACUCGGGGGACUCCGCUGACUCCGCUUCUGCUGCGGCUUUUCGGACCAUUUUAGCCGUUUUUAGUUGACUAACCUCAUAGACGACCACCUCGGAGUAGCACGAGUGGGUCGACACCUAUCCUCGGUUAAAAUCCAGAUAGAUAACUCACGCUGCCGUGACUUCUGGUCCGUUGAUUUUUGGUCAUGUUCGCGUGUCGGUCGGUUUGUUGUUGUGGCGUUAGCUUAGCCAGCUAGCACAGUUAGCACUAGCGCAGUUUGCUUCGCGCGGCUCCUUGUCUUUUGGGGGGGUUUUUGCGCUAAAAAUCAUGUUUGGGACCCUUUAUUCAGCUGAAAUGUGUUUUUAGGCGCUUUUUGUGGGCGUUUUAGUAGAUUAACGGCUAUAAAUGGGCUGCCAAAUGUAGCUGUGUGUAGCCUGAUCUAUUAGCUUAGCUUAGGUUAGCUUAGCAUAGCUCCAGUCUAAGGAGUCGGAGCUGAAUCGGCUGAUGUGAGACAUUUAAAUUAAACUUUCAAUGGUAUAAACUAAAUAAACCACCCUAGAAUUUGUGCCAGGUGGCGAAUAAAGACGUUCGAGUCUGUCUUUUAUACAGACACGCUAACUUGGGGUCUUUUAGCUGGAGUUUGUAUGGCAGGGCGAGUAAAAUCUUAGCAUUGGACAUUCAUCACAUUAUAUUUUUAACACUUUCUGCUUUUUAGUAAGACUUAACUUCACCAGUGCAACUUUUCAUUAGAUGUUUAUUGGGUUCAUGGAUAUAUACUGACGUUAGAGGAGGUUCCAAGUUAGAGGACAGAGCAAAAACAGCCAGAUUAAGGCCAGCACAUCUACUUCAACCUUAAAAUUGAUGAAAAACAAAGUUAUUAUGGCCAGUUUGGACAUGAAGACCUCGUUAUGGACAUGUUCAGUCUUCACCCUCUGCCUGGUUUUCAUCGGAAAUGCAGCCUGCUCACAGCACAAUGACAAUGUUUAUGUAUCAGGGAUUUCUAACGCUUGUGGAGAUGUGGUGGAGCAGAUCAGGGCGUCCAGCGGAGUCAUCACGAGUCCAGGCUGGCCCUUCGAGUAUCCGUCCCGCAUUAACUGCAGCUGGAACAUCAGGGCCAAUCCUGGAGAGAUCAUCACCAUCAGUUUUCAGGACUUUGAGAUUCAAAGCUCGCACCGCUGUGGAUUGGACUGGAUCUCCAUUGGUACCUAUAAGAACCUGGAUGGUUAUCGCGCCUGCGGCUCGUCCAUCCCGGCUCCGUACAUCUCCUCUCAGGACCACGUGUGGAUUAAGUUCCACUCAGACGACAGUCUGACCGGCAAGGGCUUCAGGCUCUCUUACAUAACAGGGAAAUCUGAGGAGCCCAGUUGUGAGUCUGAUCAGUUUCACUGUGCCAAUGGAAAAUGCAUCCCGGAGUCAUGGAAGUGCAACACGAUGGACGAGUGCGGCGACAAUUCGGACGAGGAGCUGUGCGUUCAGCCAAAUCCCUCAGCCUUCUUCUCUUUCCAGCCCUGUGCCUUCAACCAGUUCCCCUGCCUGUCCCGCUACACCCGCGUCUACACCUGCCUCCCUCAGUCACUGAAAUGCGACGGCAGCAUAGACUGCCAGGACCUGGGCGAUGAGAUCGACUGCGACGUGCCUGUCUGUGGCGAGUGGCUUCGGAACUUCUACGGAACCUUCAGCUCGCCAAACUACCCGGACUUCUACCCGCCCGGCAGCAACUGCACCUGGCUGAUUGACACUGGGGACCACCGCAAGGUCAUCCUUCGCUUUAUGGACUUCAAGCUGGACGGCACGGGUUACGGAGACUACGUGAAAGUUUAUGACGGUUUGGAGGAGAAUCCUCGGCGGCUGCUGCGAGUUCUGACCGCUUUUGAUUCUCGAGCUCCGGUAGCCGUCGUCUCGUCCUCCGGCCAGCUCCGCAUCCACUUCUACGCAGACAAGAUCAAUGCGGCGCGGGGCUUCAACGUCACCUACCAGGUGGACGGUUUCUGUCUGCCCUGGGAGAUCCCCUGUGGAGGGAACUGGGGUUGUUACACCGAACAGCAGCGCUGCGACGGGUACUGGCACUGCCCCAACGGCCGCGACGAGCUCAACUGCAGCAGCUGCCAGGAGGAUGAGUUCCCCUGCUCCCGUAACGGCGCCUGCUACCCUCGCUCUGACCGCUGCAACUACCAGAACCGCUGCCCCAACGGCUCCGACGAGAAGAACUGCUUCUUCUGCCAGCCUGGAAACUUCCACUGUAAGAACAACCGGUGCGUGUUUGAGAGCUGGGUGUGUGACGCGCAGGACGACUGUGGCGACGGCAGCGACGAGGAGAGCUGCCCGGUCAUCGUCCCCACGCGGGUCAUCACGGCCGCGGUUAUCGGGAGUCUGAUCUGCGGCCUGCUGCUGGUCAUCGCUCUCGGCUGCACCUGCAAGCUCUACUCUCUCAGGAUGUUCGAGCGCAGGUCCUUCGAGACCCAGCUGUCCAGGGUUGAGGCAGAGUUACUGAGAAGGGAGGCUCCACCCUCAUAUGGGCAGCUUAUUGCUCAAGGCCUGAUCCCCCCAGUAGAGGAUUUCCCAGUCUGCUCUGGCAACCAGGCGUCUGUUCUGGAGAACCUGCGCUUGGCCGUGCGGUCCCAACUCGGCUUCACUUCCAUCCGCCUGCCGACCUCCGCUCGUCACGGCAACAUCUGGCGGCGUCUCUUUAACUUCACUCGCUCCCGCCGCUCCGGUUCGCUGGCGCUGGUGUCCGCCGACUCAGAGGAGGGCUCGGGCAGCUCCGGCCGUGACCACGACCGUUUGGGCACUCACCGUGGCCUGCUGCCGCUCGAUUCCGAUGACACGGACACCGAGAGUGAACAGCAGCCGCGACGGGAUGCCCCCGGGGCCGUCGGGGGUCUAGCGGCUCCUCCCCUUCCUCACAAAACCCCGCCCACCACAGCAGUAGAGGCCAUUGUCUCUGUUUCCAGCAGCUCCUCCUCCGCCCCUCUGGCCAGCCGUGAAGGCAGCAUUGCAGAAAGCGUAACAGACAGCAGUGGGGUGAGUGAAGGAUGUGGUGUAGCGCCCCCAAGUGUUGGAAGGAGCCCUUUCAGCAGCGCUUUAAGCCGCGUUACACGGAGCCUCCGUUGGGUCCGCUUCAGUCUUGGCCGCUCUUCUGCUUCUGGUUCUGGCUCGGGCCAGCAGAACCAAAGCCCUCUGCGGCAGCUGGAGCACGGCACUGCGGGGGGCGCCGGCGGGAGCAACAGAGGCGAAGACGAGGAUGACGUUGAGCUGCUGAUUCCAGUUUCAGAUGCAGGCUUGCUGGACAGUGACUCCAACGAAAGUGCAAGGCCGUUGCUGGAGCCUGGAGCAGACCAGGCUUUCGGACCGCAGCCGAACCCCGCGUCCCGGGGCAGGCCGAUGUGCCGGGAUGGACCUUGUGAACACUGUGGAAUCGUCCACACGGCACGCAUCCCUGAUGCUUGUCUGGAGGCCACAGCUAGAACAGAAAUCAGCGACGACGAGUCUCUCCUGCUGUGUUAAGUGAGGAGUUCUCAACUCCAAUCCUGAGGACCUGCUGCUCUGCGGUGUUUACCUGAACCAAGCACUCCGACUGCAGCUCUCGAAGGGCUGAGUAAUCGCCCAGGGAGUUAGAUCAGCGGGAUAUCUCACAAAGCAGCAUUUCUUGGCUGGUGUUUAUUUUAUUUUUUUUAAAAACAGCAUUAUUGAGUUUAAAUGCAACAUAUUUUCAGAAUAUUGCUUCAAAUCAGAAAACAUCAUACAUAACAGGCAUGAUGAAAAAUGAAGAAAACCCAAACGAAUGUGAUGCAGUGCUACAGAAGUCUGGAGAGGCCCGCAGCUGUUACUAUAGUUUUCUGGAUAGUUAUCUUGAGAUCACAAGAUAGCUCACCUCAUUAUCUCAAGAUUGUUGUGUUGAACUUUGUUGUAAGACAGUUAACUUGUUAUCUUAAGAUAACUUUGGUAUAUUGAUAUCACAAAGUUAACUCGUUAUCUCAGCUUCGUUAUAUUGAUAUCACAAGACAGUUAACUCACUAUCUCAAGAUAGCUGUUGCUAUAAUAUUCUGGAUUGUUAUCUUGAGAUGACAAGAUAUCUUGACAUGAUGAGUUAGCUAACAACUUUGUUGUAUUGAGAUCACAAGAAAGUUAACUCGUUAUCUCAAGAUAACAGCUUUUGUCUUGAGAUCACAAGAUGGUUAACUUACCUUAAGAUAACAAUCCAGACCACUGUAACUGCCACAUGGCAGUUUAUAGAAACAUUUUAGUGUCCGGCUUCCUAAAAAUUGCCAGAUUUGUCCCCAAACGUCCAAAAAAUUGGGUUUUUUCUUCUUCUAAUUAUUCCAAAUGUUACAUUUACCAUGGCCAAACAAAAAAAGAGAGACUUUUACUGCUGGCCAGCUAAUUUAAAGUCGACCUGAAACCAAGAUGGUCUUGUUUUUACCCCGUUAGUUUCGUUUAGGAUGAUUCGUCACCGUUUGGGGGGGAAAAAAGAUAAUAUUUCUUUACAUCAUCAAAUCCAUGAUCAAACUAGGAAUCGGAGUGCUGCCUGUCAGAGUAAAGUGGGUGGGGCUUACGCCCUGGACACACCCAUGCUCAAACAUCAGUGCUUUUUUUCUUGUAAUCUUACAUUAAAAGCCCCCGCUGCUAAAAUGACAAAAUAACGUUAACCAAUAAUAUCGUUUUCACCUCCUCGCCCCCCCCCCCCCCCCCCCCCCCAAACCCAGUCCUGCCUCAAUCAUGAAAUUUUAUCUUGCCAUAUUUAUAAUUAUGAUCAACACUUACCUCCUUCACUCUGUUAAAAGCCUAGAGCAGCAGAAUUGGCUGGUUUUUCUGUUUUGCUUAUCUGCUGAUGUUUAGCAGCUCCUGACUGAAGACGCAGACAGCUGGAGCUCAAAUAAGCAAGGCUGCCCUCUAAACACGGUAGAGCUCCAAGUCCGCAGUUGCGUCCCUGUUGGUUUCAUAAGGCCACCGAUGCGCAUUUACCUUCAACCAACUGAUGAAAACGCGGCCAAUUCAUGUUCGCAUUGGACUGUGAACGCCGGCGACUGUGAAAUAAUUGCGGCGAGCGUCGGCGAUUGCAGGCGAUUAUAUAAUAAUUGAGCGGAUGGUGUUGAUCAUUUCUAAUUCACGUUAACUUUAAUCCAGAAGUCUUAAGCCUGUUCAGUCGGAGAACAGCCGAGGAGCAUUCCGAUUAGACGGUCUUCACUAAAUUAUCCAGCUUUCCUGAGAAAUCCUGCUUUGUGAAAGGUCAGUCCGGGUCUGAGACGGCAGCGCGCCCUCAGGUCUGGAGUUGAGAACCGGCGCGUGAAGCCUGCCAGCUGCAGCGCAGUCCGUAAGGCUAUGAACUCGUGAACUGUCCCUGCUUCAAGCUUCGCUUCUUCUGUCUCCCCAGCAGGGAAAAAGUGUGAAUGUGUUUUUUUUGGACAACCUGCCCCUUGAAUUUCCAAACGCUUACACAAGAGCUUUGAGACCGUUUCCGGUACGCCGUCUCCCCCUCCACUGUGCAGUUUUGGCAUUUCUCUUCACCGUUUUUAGCUACGUGGUUAAUAAAGUCUUCUUUUUCUUCUGUUUCAUCGUUGAGCGGGAACAGCUACAGCUUACGACGAUACACUUGGGAACGCUGGGAAGCGAAGCAGCUCUGUAAACACUGUCAGGAGGAGGCAUAAAAUGUACACUGGUACUGAAAAAAGCUGAAUUAGCUCAGAAGCUGCAAGAGAUUUAUUACUUAUUGUUGAAUUAUUUGAACCUCGAUGUCAUUCAUUUCCUUAAAAAGUGAGCCAGAAGUCUGAGGGGUCGCGCGACUCUUGACGGUACAGAUACUGACGGUACGGUUCAUUUCAGUUACUGGGUGAUUUCCGGUCCCCAUUAGAGACACAAAAACGAUUUGCAAAUAUUUUCGUCUGAUUUUGGGCUCGAGCAAUUUAUUUAUAACGGCGCGUGAGCGGCGGAGUGACUGAUUCUAAGGAUGCUAUGUUGUAUAACAGCCACUGAUGUUUGUUGUAUUUAUUGUUUUGUUACUGUUUCAGUAACCUUACUGUUUUGGUACCGAUAACUCGUGUGUGAGUGUGUAUAUUUAUUAUUAUUAUUAGUCUUGGUUUUGAUUUCAGUAGUGGUUACUUGAGAAGCAUGUUACAUUGUCUUGUGCUUUUUUAAGUGAUAUGGUGUAUGAAUGUAUAUAAAUAUAUCUAUAUCUAAAUAUAUAAAGAUGCAUUACUGUUUACUGCACUAAGAAUAAAACAGCGUUCAUCCCA